AUGCCAAUUGUCGCAGCGAUUGAGUUUGGACUGGCUUACUGCGGUCUUGCCAUUCCACGAGCCGGAAGAGUCGAAUUGAUCUCCGAUGAACAUGGCUGCAGAAAGAUCCCAUGCACUCACCUCCUCCCGAAAGGUUCUUGUUCUUUGGACUGGCGUCCGGAAAUACUGUCACUGACCCGUGGGCCCAUUCUUGUGAUGUUGCAGAAGCUGAAGGCGCUGGCAGAAACAUCCGCUAGGGAGCCCGUGGAUAACGUCGUCCUUGCACUUCCUGCUUUUUACGCACAUUCCAAGCGUCAGCUCAUCAGUGAUGUUGCUAAGGAGGCGGGAUGGAACGUCUUGCGUCUGACUAGCACGGCUGUGGCUGCGGUAAUGGGGCUAUUCGUAGAUUCUGGCAGGCCCAGUAUCCAGGCUCUCACCCUCGACGCCGGCUCAACGCGAGUAGACGUCACGGUUGUUGAGGCAUUGGGCCAUCUCUUGGACGUCAAAUGCGUCACAGGGAGACUUCUACCCAGGGGCAAAGCAUACGACCAAGUUGGGCAACCCCCCCUCUCAACGGAUGAAGUUAACAGCGCGGUCUUCAAUGCAUCUAUACAAGCCAUUUCCCAGGCGUUGCGUGAGGCGGACCUUGAUAAGGCCGCUGUAGAUGAGAUCAUCCUUACCGGAGGGUCUACCAACAUAGCCAGACUUGAAAGGGUAGUCGCGGAGUUCCUGGGGAAGUCGCCCGACGAGAUCCAGAAGCCUUCGAACGCUGGCUUGCGAGGCGCGGCCAUUUACGCGGCGUUUCUUCCAACACACUCCAUUUUUGUGACCUGCUUGUGCUGA